AUGUACAGCUUUUUGACUAACUAACUCAUCUUUGAUCUCUAACUCCGCUAAUAAAACAACUAUUGGAAUAUGUAUUAGAAUAUGCAAAAUUUUUAUUAUCCUAAUCCAUAUGGUUAUCCUUAUGCUAAUCAAACUUAACUCUAUACUUAACAAUAUGAGUAAAUUCCUGUCUAAUCAGAUCAAAGUAAGCUUAACUAAACUAAUUUUAGUGUAAUUAAAGGAGGAUGCUAGUACAACUCAGGGUACAAGAAGAUCUAUUUUCGAGACUAAAGAUGUUAUGCCAAUUGUAUCAAGGGAAACACUAGAAAACUAUAUACUUAUGAUAAUCAAUGAAGAUGAAGAUGUGAAUCAACUAAUUUCUUCGUUAAAAAAUAAAAGCCAAUUUUCUUUGGCGAAUGUCCUUGAGAUGUUAUUCCAAAAGCAAUAGUAAUAACACAAGAGUAGAGAGGAACUUAUAAAGUUUUGCUUAAGAAAAGCAUUAAAGUUCAUUUUCAGAAAGGUAUAAGAAGAAAAUGAUAAAACAAGUAUUUAUAAGACUUAAUUUUUUAGAGUUAAAUAUGAAAUGCGCAUAGAAAAAAUUCAUAGAAAUUAUAGAACAAGAGACAAAGAAAAAUAUAAUAUUGCCAUUUAGAAAAAAUAGCAAGAAUAAAACUAUGAAUUCAGAAUUUUUAAGAGAAAUAUUUUCUUCUACAACCUUUGUUAGAUAUUAUGAACAAUAUUUAGGUAAAAAUACUAAAUAUUUCUUAGAUUGCUUAGAUGAGCAAAUUCAGAAAGACUCAAAAAAAAAAAUUGCAGCUUUAUGCAAUAAAAUUUAGAAUACAAUUUCAGACGAUAAAAUUGUAUAAAUAUUUUUUUUUAAAUCUAGUUUUCUUUUGAAGUUAAAAGAUUGCCUUGGUCUCUUUCUAAUAUCGAGAAAGUUAAAAUAACUGCUAAAGAAAUGUUAUUGUACUCUAAAAUUUAGAAUAAUUGA